AUGAAAAAUCUAUUUUAUAGGUUCGAAUAUUUUGGCGAAUUGUUGGAACAGACCCUGACAGGUCUGGGCUAUUUAGUCUCAGAGUAUCCCGGUAUCGGGUUUGAGCAAUACCAACAGCAAUUACGACAAAUGACUCAUCUUUUUCUUUUCUACUCAAUUAUUGUAUCACGCCAACCGCCUUCAGUUGUGGUUAAAUGCGGUGAGGCUGAAAAUCACAGGCGUAGUCGAUUCUGGUUUAAUACGGAAAUAAGGAUAUUAGGCGGACGUGCCUUUGGAUUGGAUCGUUUGGUAGAUGGAGUUUCCAUUCAAUGCCUUUUGAUCACUGACGAAACUGCUAAAAGAUUGCGAAAUAAUGCAUACCAUGACAUUUGUGAACAUGAAGAGUUUGCUGUUGAACCAAUGAUUGGUCAUUUGAAGAAUUUUGAUCAAACGAUAGUUGAAGGUUCUGGAAAUGACCAACCAAUUGGGCCUAUAAUGCGCGUAGCAAAGAAGGAGCAAUUACGGAGGGAGUCUGUAGCACAGAAACGAUACCAUCUCUGCUACACGAUUAAACUACAAACCUUAAAGCAUCAAAUUGAUUUGGUUGGAAAAAAGGUUUCAUUGCCUUUCGCUAUUCUUGUUGGACCAAAAAUGGAUGUCGAUGCCAAAUUGUUUAUGGAACGCUCAUUUGCUGAUUUCGCUUUACUUGAGAUUCCACAAAAACCUACCGAUCAAAUCGCUCUAAACCAACCUAGACCGUUUAAUCUUGUAUCAAAACAGCAUCUUCUAGGAAGACUUAAGCCGGAUGUUAAUGGACAGGUGCCUGUUGAGAAUUUUUUGAGGAUGCCAGUAGCUGAAGAAUUUUGUAUAAAUAAAAAGGCUGUUAGUGCUAAGGAAAGCGGAGCUCAAACUCCUCUUGCCAAUAGUAGUGGUGGUACAAAUUUGCUUGGUGCAAUUGAUGGAGAAUGGAAAUUGGUUCCAUUCUUUGAAUGGUUCUUCAAAUUGGCCGAAAUGGUGAACAAACAUUUUUUGCAAAUGUGGAAUGACGGGCCUACGUUGUUGGUCCGCUUUUCAGAUAUUGAAUUUGCCAAGGUCAAGAUCAGUGUCAGCUGCUUUGGAAAAACCCAGCACCAUUGGUAUGAUCAGAUAGAGCUACAAGGACGCAGUCUUAGCCAGGAGCUACUCAAUAAUAAAAAUUAUGAAAAUAUUGAGUUCAUUUGGCCUCAAACAAAUAUUGAAUGGGCACUGGGUGCACGAGAAAGAUGCCUAUCAAUUUCCUGCGCUGCGCAACGCAAGCCGAGACAAUUGCAGCCAUCGGCCCUCUAUUUUGAAAAUCAAGGUGCAGGAAUGGGAUCCCAAAGCUCAUCUGGACUUAGGUUUUGA